UAAAGUAGGAAUUAUAUAUAUAACUAUUCAAAGAAUAAACAUCUAUUAUUUUAUUGUCUGAGAAAAUUUAUCAGUGAUUUUCGAUCUAAUCUUAGCUUCUCUCUCUUUCUCUCUCUUUCUCUCUCCCUUUCUCUUUCUCUUCUCGUCCUCUCUUUCCUGCACGCGCGCGUUCCGAGAAACGUAAAAUGAUUUCAGAUGCGUACUUGAUACUGAUGCGUACUGAUCGCAUUACGAGGACGUUCUUUAUCACGAGAAAUCAUAUGUGCUUUUGUCAAUUUGAAAUAGUGACAACGGUGUUUGAAUUGGUGUGUGCAAAAUCGUGGAAGAGACGAAAAUCAGUUUGGCAAGAGAAUGGAUGAUACAUCCGUUAAGAUAGAAAUAAUCGAGGACAUGGCAAAUCGUUCGUUGCCCACAUUCAUUAAAAUGAAUACGGAUGAGAAUGUCGUAAUAAAUGAGCCAGGUGUUAUCCAAGAAUCCAUUGAUACCACAGACAAAAGAAGUCCGAAUUAUACUGCAAAACAAGUGAAUAGCUUCGCGGCCAAAAAAACUGUGGCGCAGGGUAUGAUGGAUGUCGCACUUAUAACAGCUAAUGCAAAUCAAUUGAGAUAUCUUAUUGAAUAUCAACGAAAUAGUCCGACUUUUUAUCUCAUCAUGAUUUUGAUUGCUAUUAGCCUCUCAUUACAGGUCGCCGUUGGGAUUAGUUUAAUUUUCAAGGGUCGAUUCGACAUAAAAGGCAAAUCAAAAUCUGUUAAUGCUCAGAAAAUUAACAAUUAUGUCGUAGUGGGAGUCUUCCUCAUAACAAUCAUUAAUGUAUUUAUAGCUGCAUUUAGCAUAACUGUUCCAAGUACUGAACCACUUCCGGUCAUGAUUUCUACCAACAGGUAGAUAAUAUUUAUAAUAUUUUGUCCUAGCUAAGCAGGCAAGAGAUAGAGAAAGAAAAAGAGGAAAAAUAAAAGGAAAAGAGAGAGAGAGAGAGAGAGAGAGCACUUGGCCAAGUGCUUGCUUAUAUCUAAUCUAGUCUGGACUUAUUUCGAGAUUAGAUAUGCUUAGAGAUUUUCUAAUGAAUUAAUUAAUCACAUUUCUAGAAGUUUUAAAACAUCUAAUUUCCUGUUUCUAAAAGAAAUUUGUUGUAUAUUAUAAUCUUUAUGAUUUAGUGUCUAUUAAUAAUAUCUUUCGUGUAUUAAAAUCUGUUGAACUUACGAUUGUAAUCAAAGAAAAGACAUUGUAUUGUAUGUGUAUAAUAAAUUGUUUCCAUGUAAUAAAAAAU